AUGGGCAGUAUAUCUGACGAUGAUAUCAUAAAGAGGAGACUUUUGAUUGAGGGUGAAAGUGGAAAUGACGAUCGACGCUUCACGCUUCUGUUGAAAAACUUUUUGCGCUGGGUUUCAUGUGAUGAAUCAGAGGAGGAUAGCCAAUUCACUUAUAAUUCCCUAAUGGCUAGUGUGUCUCAGUGUGAAAACGCCAUGGAACAAGCCCUUUUGAUUCAUUCAAUGAAUUUUGAACAGUCUCAAAAGUAUGACGAAUUACUUGAAGAGAUUAAACAUGACACAGAAGAUACAAAAUUGAAGAUAGUAGAAUCCAGGGAAAAACUAAAGGAAGCAAGGGUUAUAAGGAAAAACCGUCAAGAGUACCACAAUCUCGCUAAAAUAAUCAACGAGCACCCCAAUAGAAAGGAAACGUUGUGCAAGAUAACCAAACUGAAAGAACAACUGACCGGUCUUCAGCGUAUCAAUGAAAGGUAUGACGAGAUGAUACUGUUGCGAAAAAAGCAAUUCCAUCUCUUCCUGGUUGCCCUGCGAGGUCUGCAGAAACUCGUCGACCGUGAGUAGGACACUUCUACGACCGGUCUGCUUGCACAAAGCAACGAAGUGGCGAGUUCUCAGACUGUCGUAGCCCCCCACAACACUCAGAUGGAUACUACCUGA